AUGGAAGUGGGGCAGAUGCAGAGACAGUGGGUUGACUACACAAAGUCCUUGUUUCUGGAGGGGUUUCUGGAUGGUCAGUUUUUGCAGCUUCAGCAGCUGCAAGAUGAGAGCAACCCAGAUUUUGUUGUUGAAGUGGUGUCUCUAUUCUUUGAAGAUUCUGAGAAGCUUCUCAAUGAUCUCACCAGAGCUCUAGAACAGCCAAGUGUAGACUUCAAAAGGGUUGAUGCUCAUGUUCACCAGUUCAAGGGUAGUAGCUCCAGUAUUGGUGCACAAAGAGUUAAAAAUGCCUGCAUAGCUUUCCGCAACUUCUGCGAGGAACAGAACACUGAUGGGUGCGUUAGAUGUGUUCAACAAGUAAAGCAAGAGUACUACCUUGUGAAGAGCAAGCUUGAAACUCUCUUUGCGAUGGAGCAACAAAUUGUGGCAGCUGGUGGGUCAAUUCCAAUUCUGGAAUUAAGUUUUUAA